GGCGUCAUUUUUGCGAUUUCGGGCGCAAACACUUUUUACGUGGGAAUGCAGACGUCGACGCGACGUCUGUUCUCCCACAACUCCCCGCAAUGACGACUGUGAUCAAGGUGCCGUGCUCGUCGGCCAACAUUGGCCCCGGCUUCGACGUCAUCGGCCUUGCCCUCAACCUCUACCUCGAGCUCCACGUCCGCGUCGCCAGCCAGGACCGCUCGGAGCACUCGCUCAACUGUAGGAUCACCUACGAGGGCGUUGGCGCCGCAGACGUGCCUCUCAUCGCCGAGGACAACCUCAUCACCCGUACCGCCGUCUACGUCCUCCGCUGCCAUGGCGUGCGCGCAUUCCCCGCCGAGACCCACGUCCACGUCAAAAACCCAAUUCCGCUGGGCCGCGGCCUGGGCUCCUCUGCCGCCGCUAUUGUGGCCGGCGUGCAGCUGGCGAACGAGGUCGGCAACCUGAAGCUGUCCAAGGCGCGCAUGCUGGAUUAUUGCCUCAUGGAGGAACGCCACCCGGACAACGUCGCUGCGGCGCUGUAUGGAGGCUUUGUCGGCACCUACUUGAACGAGCUGUCGCCCGAGGACACGGAGCGCCUCGAGAUUCCGCUCAGCGAAGUGCUGCCUGAGCCAGCGGGCGGUGUGGAUACGGGCCUGCAGCCGCCGCAGCCUCCGCUCAACAUCGGACACUACACCAAGUUCCCCUGGUCGCCUGACAUCAAGUGCAUCUGCAUUAUUCCCCAGUUCGAGGUGUCUACAGCAAAGGCCCGUGCUGUAUUGCCAGAGUCGUAUUCACGCAAGGAUGCCAUCUUUAACAUGCAGCGCUUGGCCGUCCUGACCACUGCACUCGGACAAUCACCGCCUAACCCCGACAUGAUCUAUACAGCCAUGCAGGACAAGAUGCACCAGCCUUACCGCCGCGGCUUGAUUCCUGGCCUCACCGAAAUCCUCCAGUCUGUUACCCCCCAGUCGCAUCCGGGUCUACUCGGCAUCUGCCUCUCGGGUGCUGGCCCCACUAUCCUCGCACUCGCGACUGCCAACUUCGACUCGAUUGCGAACCAUCUCCUCGCCGAGUUCAAGAAAGAGGGCAUCACAUGUGACUGGAAGCUGCUUCAACCUGCCACAGACGGCGCGACCGUGUCGAACUCUCUCAACACCACACAAGCCGAAGCAAUGACAUAUGCCUCGUCAGGUGUCAGCAUCGAUGCGGGUAACCAGCUCGUCCAGCAAAUCAAGGCCUCCACAAAAUCCACGCGCCGUCCCGGUGCCGACGGUGAGAUAGGAGGCUUCGGCGGACUACUUGAUCUGCAAGCUGCCGGCUACACCGAGGCGCCUAUCUUGGUCGGUGCCAUCGAUGGGAUUGGCACAAAAGUCAAGAUUGCAUUCGAGAUGGGUAAACAUGAUACUGUUGGUAUUGACCUUGUUGCUAUGAACGUCAAUGAUUUGGUCGUUCAAGGUGCGGAGCCUCUUAUGUUCCUUGACUACUACGCUUGCUCGAAGCUUGAUAUCGCCUCAGCAGCCAAGUUCAUCGAGGGCGUUGCGGACGGUUGCAGACAAUCAGGUGCUGCGCUUGUCGGAGGAGAGACUGCAGAAAUGCCGGGCAUUUACCAGGAAGGCGAGUACGACGCGGGUGGCGCUGCUAUUGGUGCUAUCAAGAGAGGUGCUACAAUUCUUCCUGAUACAGUGGCCAUGCGUGAAGGCGAUGUUCUUCUUGGAAUGUCGUCUAGUGGCGUCCACUCUAACGGUUUCUCGCUUGUCCGCAAGAUCGUCGAGCGCAGUGGUUUGAGCUUCCACGAUACCGCACCCUGGAGUCCAGAACACAAUAUCGGCACUGCGCUUCUCACACCCACGAAAAUCUACGUCAAGCCCCUUUUAGCUGCUGUUCGGAAGAACCUAUUGAAGGGUAUGGCGCACAUCACUGGCGGCGGUCUGAGUGAGAAUAUUCCACGAAUGUUGCCAAAGACAUUGGCUGCGGAACUCGACGCACAGACAUGGCCGUUGCCUGAAGUGUUCAAGUGGCUAAAGAAGGCUGGGAGCCUAGAGCCCCAGGAAUUUCAGAGGACUUUUAACACUGGUCUUGGAAUGGUAUUGGUUGUCAGCCCUGAGAAUACGAAUGCCACCUUGGAGCUUCUGCGAGCGGAGGGCGAGAGCGUCUUCCAAAUAGGAAAGCUUAUCAAGCGAGGCAGCGACGAAGUCGUUGUGCACAACAUGGAAGUUUGGGGGUAAGAAGCACAAAGAGUUCUAUCUGCUUGUUAGAUUUUCUAUUAUAUACUGUUUAAAAAUAGAUAUUAGAUAUUUCUAGAAACUAGGUUUAUUUAAGUUUUAACUAUAAA